UAUGCCUGCCCGUUAAGCGCUCCCGCGCGUGACCGUGUCACUCCGGGGCCUCUCUGGUAUUCCCGCGGGAGUGUCUCGCGACGAUCCUUCCACCAGAGGGUGAAGUCUCUUGUUAUUCCGAGACACGGGAGAUUCGGCGGCCGCGACCUCUCGCGAACGGUAACGGCAGUAACGGCGUGAAAAUUAGCCCCGUGUCGUGAACGAGUGCAAACGCGAGCGACGCUUCCCGAAACACCGGGACGCCGCCGAGGCGUUCGGUUCGACGCCGCGCCGGUACGUCGGAGCACAAUAUCACACGUCCCGCGGGAUAGUCGUAGUGGAUUCAAUAAUUAUUUCGCGUCGUGUGUCCGCAUAGUGGUUUCAAUCAUUUCGGAGCAUGGAUGACACCAGCUACGCGCGAACUGCGUCCCGCGAGGCGGAUCGAAGUGAGACGUUGCGUCGCGCGGUUUAACGUGUGCGCGUGUGUAUGUGUGUGCGUGUGUGUGGGCAGCAGGCGAGAUUCGAUCAGGAUUCGAGCGGGAUCGCCCGUGUAGACACGGUGCACGGUGCCGUGAGUGAGGUAAAUCGAGCAUAGAUCGAACGUCGCGAACUUUUCAGGGGGGCAGGGGGGGGGAGGCUAUGGCCGUGUCGUCGUGCGAGCCGCCAAGCUUGAUCGGUGUGGACCGGCCGGAAAUGAUCGAUCCGAGUUCGACGACUUCGCGGCGAGUGACGGUGAUUCCUCGUCGUUGAAGAUUAUACGCUCGCGGAGAUAUAUAUAUCGCGGAUAUCGCGCGGUGUCGAUUACCAAAAGUGCGGAUGAUGUGACAUGUCCGCUGGUGGCGUACAACAGUGUGGCGUCGAUGUAAAGAAGACUGACUGAUUGGAACGACGCGAUGAUGUCAGCCAGUGCCGCAGUCGGGAAAGUCAUGAUCGUGCUGGCGGUGUGGUUGCUGCUUCUCCGGGCUCAUCGGGUGGCGGGCUCCGAUCAUUUGGGCACCCUGAAGACCUAUCAACGCGCGGCUUGCGACGAAGAGACAAUGACGUUAAAAUGCCCGCCCGGCACCACCAUCCUUGUCGAACACGCUCAGUAUGGAAGAACAGGAAUGCACGGCAUCAUCAAAUGCAACUCGUCCGUUCCUCUGAUGAUCGCGGGGGACAGACCGACGAAUCACACAUGUAUCUGGCCGCAAUCAGUGCAGCACUCACUGUUGCAGAUGGUGGUUGGAGUCUGUCAAAAGAAGCGGCAGUGCAAAUUCAACACUGAUCCGAAGACUUUCCAAGGUGAUCCCUGCCCCGGAUUACGGAAGUACAUCGAGGUCGCCUACAAAUGCCGUCCCUAUGAGUUCAGGAGUAAGGUGGCUUGCGAGAACGAAGUCGUCAAUCUCGUUUGCCAUCCCGGCCAGAGGGUGGCGAUUUUCAGCGCUGCUUUCGGUAGAACGCAGUACGAGUCCCUGCAGUGUCCGCAGCCGCUGGGCGUGCAAGACGAAAAUUGCAUGAUGGACUUUGCGACGGAAACCGUAAUGCAAUUAUGUCAUGGCAAACGACGAUGCUCAGUAGUGGCUAACAUCACAACGUUUGGCAGACCAGACCCUUGCAGUCCAAACAGCAAAACGUAUCUCAAAGUCGUGUACACCUGUGUUCCGAGGUCGGUGCUGCGGGAGCAAUUCGAGGGUGGCGUCGAGCCGGACGAGGAGACGCAAGAGGUCGAAGAAGGUUUCGACCGGGCGGACUUUAGGGCUGAAUUCAGCCCCAGUCCAAAUCUCGAAGGACCGCAGCCACCACCACGGGACAACGUCUCCAGAAAUUUCCCAACUGUUAGCUCAUCUCCACCUCGCGCACGGACCAACAACGACGAAUAUGUACAUUCCUAA